AUGAGGCGACGGCACCACUUUACCUUUGCCGCUACCACACCAUUUACGAUGCUACCACAGCCUCAGGAUCCUCCUUUCCUGCCCACAAGCCUCCAUCCAGCAACCUCCGGGCGGGGCCCCGUCAGCACCAGCGCACGCAACCUGAGCGAGGCUCUCGACUCUCCAGCCUUGGCUGGCACAGCGAGCGCCGGCGGAAAGUUUCCUCUGUCCAGGACUGCCACUGGCAAGCAAAGAGUCGGGCACGCACGAAUAGGUCACUUUGAACGGUCCUUCCGAGGGACUCAAGGAGCAUCGACUCCAUCAUCGCACAUUCCAAUAAUCAGGUUUACUGCACAAAAGACGACGAAUGAGCCCGCCGCAGAGGCCCUCAUGGCGUGGGGUAAUCUUGAUAGGCUUUGUGUGAUCCACGCCAGAGGGGGGCUGAUGGGUGGCACUUCGCUCUUGUUCUGCGAGGUUCCACGUUAA